AUGUACUUGGCAAAUAUUCAAGUCUUUAGUUUUAUUCUUUUCAUUUGUAAAAUAUCAUCAAAAAGUAUAAGUUUUAGUUAUCGUUCAUGUUUACCAAAUAUUGAUUUAAUUCAUAUCGAACAUAUUCAUCUAUUGAACAGUCAACAAUUUCAAUUAAUUACAAAAGAUUUUCAUUUACAUAUUAUUUAUCGAUAUAAAAAAGAAAAAUAUCAAUUUAAAUUUGGUAAUUUAAAUACAUUAGUAGGAAAUCUAUCAAAUAUUGAUUAUCAAUAUCAAUCAGCAAUUAAUUAUUAUCAUCAAAUAGAUACAUGGAAUUAUGUUAAUCUUACAUUUAAUGAUAAUUUAUCACGUAUAUUUAUAUCAUUUAAUAAUGAUGAAACACGAAUAAUACCUUUAAUUGAUUAUCCAUUAUUAUUUCAAAAUCAAACAAUUGAAACAAAAUUAAAUAUUCAAAUACUUGUUAAUGAACAAGAUAGAAAUGUAACAUGUUUAUUACCAUAUACAGGUUUUGAUAUAAAUAAAAAUAGUUAUUUAAAUUCUUGUUUAACAAAUAUUAAAACUUGUGAACAUCGUAUAUGUACAUCGUCGUUUAAUAUUGAACAGUAUUGUCCACUUUUUAAAAUAUUUGAUUGCUAUCCAUUUACUGACUUGAAAUGUGGUUUAAAAACAAUACCUGUUCGUUGUACGAAUAACCAUUGUCAAAAUCAAGGAUUUUGUCAUGUUGAUUUAUUAAAAAAUGCUUCUCAAUGUGUUUGUCCAUUUGGCUUUGCUGGUGAUCAAUGUCAAUAUGAUAUUAAUGAAUGUCAAUCAAAUCCUUGCCCGAAUCAGAGUAAAUGUAUUGAUUUACUGAAUGGUUAUACAUGUGUUUGUGAACCUGGUUGGACUGGAAUUGAUUGUUCAGAAGACAUUGAUGAAUGUGAAAUAAUACAACCAUGUAAAGCAGCACGAAAUUGUAUUAAUCGUCCUGGAUCAUAUAAAUGUGAAUGUCUUGAUAGUUUUACUGGAAUAAAUUGUGAAAUGACACUUGAUCCAUGUUUAUCUCAACCAUGUCUAAACAAUGCGACUAAAUGUCAUUCAAUACUUGAUCGUGAUAAUGUUCUUUAUCAUUGUACAUGUCAAUCAGGUUUUACAGGUCAUCAUUGUGAAACAAAUAUAAAUGAUUGUGAAGGUAUAAUAUGUCAAAAGAAUAAUACACAAUGUAUUGAUGGCAUUAAUUCAUUUCAUUGUGAAUGUAGAACUAAUUUUAAACGAAAUUGGGAUGGUUCAUGUGUUGAACAAAAUCCUUGUGAUUCAUCACCAUGUCAUCAAAAUGCAACUUGUUAUAAUUUAAAUGGUGGUCAAUAUCGUUGUAUGUGUCCACCAACUUAUACAGGUAUUCGAUGUGAUGAAGAUAUUGAUGAAUGUAGUGUAUUUCCAUUUAUAUGUCGAAAUGGUGGCACAUGUGUAAAUGAAAUUGGUUCGUAUCGAUGUUAUUGUGCGUUAGGUUGGUUUGGUUCAACAUGUGCUAAAUCAAUUGAUUAUUGUCUUUCUCAACCAUGUAAUCGAAAUGGCACAUGCAUUAACAAAAUAAAUGGAUUUGAAUGUCGUUGUUUAUCACCGUAUACAGGUGAUGUAUGUCAAUAUGAUAUUGAUGAAUGUUUAAUAGAACCAUGUGUAAAUAAUGGAACAUGUUAUAAUUAUGUUGGUGGUUUUCAUUGUCGUUGUCCGACAGGUUAUUUUGGUUUUCAUUGUGAAUAUCCACCAUCGGAAUGUGAACGCUUACAAAAAGCAAGUUUUUCUGUUAAAUGUAAUGAUCCUCAUUUAUGCAUUGUUAAUGAUACGGAAAAAUUAAGACAAUUAAAUCAAUUAACAACAUAUACAUGUCGAACAGAGCGUGAUCGAAUACUUGAUAAUUAUUUUACAUGUACUAGUAAACAAAAAUUUAACUAUUGUCAUUGUCCUUCAAAUAUCAUUACAUGCACAGAUAAUUAUACUGAAACAUUUGGUAAAUCUUUACUUUCAAAGUCAUCUUGUUCUUGUCGAAAUGGGGGAACUUGUCAUUGGAUUAAUUCAACAAAUUAUCGCUGUUAUUGUCCACCUGGUUUAACUGGUGAAAAUUGUCUUAUUCAAAUCGAUUAUUGUUCAAGUCAUCCGUGUUAUAAUAAUGGUACAUGUUUAUCACAACUAAAUACAUAUACAUGCCAAUGUCAAACAAAUUAUAAAGGUAUAUAUUGUCAAAAUUUAAUUGAUCGAUGUGAAAAUGACCCUUGUCUUAAUAAUGGUACAUGCGAAAGAUAUAAAGAAAAAUACAAAUGUAAUUGUUUAUCAAGUUAUACAGGUAAACAUUGUGAAAUUUAUCGAACACCUUGUUUAUCUCAACCAUGUCAAAAUCAAGGAAAAUGUUUAAAUUAUAAUAAUACAUUUGAAUGUCAAUGUUUAUUAAAUUAUCAAGGUAAAUAUUGUGAACAAUCAGUUGAUUUAUGUUAUACAAAAUUAAAUACAAGUUUAUGUCUUAAUGGUGGUUUAUGCUCAAUGCAUAAUCAUAGAAUGCAAUGUUCUUGUUUACCUGGUUUUACUGGUCUUUUUUGUGAAACAAAUAUUGAUGAAUGUUAUACAAAACCAUGUUCAAUACAUGGUAAUUGUAUGGAUUUAAUAAAUGGUUAUAAUUGUCGUUGUGAAACUGGUUGGUAUGGUUAUAAUUGUGAAAAUAAACAAAUUGAUAUAAAUAAAUCAUUUAUUUAUCAUUCAAGUUUAUCAUCAACAACAUUUCAUUUACGUAAUUCAUUAAUAAAUAUAUCAAAAUAUUUACCAUAUCGUCAUUCAUCAUUACCAAUACGUAUUCAAUAUGAAUUUCGUACAACAUUAAAUAAAAUUUCAUUACUUUCAAUUGGAAAACGUUUUAAACAAAAAUUACUUAAUAAUAGAAUAUUAACAAAUNAUAUAGACAAGGUUUAUAAAUGCAUCAAUGUAUUACAUUAG